CCUGGGUUAAGCCACUUUUGGGGAAUAACUGAGUUUCGGCCUAUUGGCGUUUCCGAUAAGUUUUGUUGCCCACAUCUCCCACGCUGUUCCCCCUCCUUCUCCUAAAAUAGUCGUGCUCCAUUUCUUUUCUUUUUUCCUUUCCAUAACCUUCCUUCAAAUCCUUGUCUUUUAGACUGCGACCAUCGUCGGUAGCAAUCUUGUUACAAGACCAUAUCUGGUCUGUCCUGUCCUUCUCUUUAUUGCACCUAUAUUCAAUCUUUUGCACAUACUUGGUCAGUGUACCUUAAGCACUUCAAUUUUGUAUAUACAUACCACUGUCGUUCUCUUCGGUCUAUCGGUUCCCCACUCUUCAGUAUCGGAACACCCCUUUCUCUCACUGUCUACAACGGUCAUUGCGCACGCACCAACGCACACGCUCUCUUUACCUGCGUAAAGCCCAUCUUUGUGCACUGUUCUACAAUCGACUGUCUAAUGCAGCACCGAUCUUCAAAAUGAACGUUGUCGCCAGUAGACCUUCCAGCGGGACUGUGUCCUACAGUCCGAUUCCUCAUCAAAGCCAGAUCAUUUCAGAUUACAAGGAUUCGGUAUAUGCCGUAACGGUGCAGCCGGUCUCAUCUCGCACAUCAUCAGUCUCUUCAUUCAAAAGCAAUUACAGUGUCUCUACCGCUCCCACAGAAUACUCUUCCUCCCCCGUCUUCUCAGCCUCACUGCCCCGCCUGUGUGAUUCCGCCGCGUCUCUGGAUAAGAUCUUGGAAUCAGUCUUCAAACGGUUGCCCCAGGAGGUGUACGAUGCGAUCUUGGAACAACUAUACUUCUUACAUACCGGCCCAAACCAGAAUGGCUGCUUAACAUGCUUUCAGCGCGACUUGCAUGCUCUCUCUCUGACCUGCCGGCCCUGGGAGAAGGCAGUCAGAGCAAGACUGUAUAACCGUAUACACAUCAUUGGCAAUGAUUCACCGAAUCAGUUGAAGAAAUACCGACUGAAGCGGGGCAGUCGACUCCAGUUAUUACGGCGAACCCUCCGGGAGAGGAAAUUGCUGGCCAAUCUUGUCCUUGAGCUUCGAGUACCCCAACUGGAUUUGCUGUUCACAACAAGCAGACACAGUACCCAAUGGCAAGAAUACCGAGACUUGGUUGCAUCCGUGGUCAUGGUGUGCCCGAACCUGGAACGAUUAUUAGGUCUGACCAUUCCCUACAACCACGAAUUUGAUCGUCUAACCCAUGCGUUGUCAACUCGACGAAAGCUAAAGGAGCAUACUUGGAUUCUGGGUGAAGCCCCGGCAAUCACCGAGGAAUCGCCCCGGAGUACGUAUUGCCCCUGGAGCUUGGGCCCUUCACAGAUGUUCGAGUUCCUCGAUUACCACGCGCAGUGGACUUCCUUGGAAACCCUUAUGCUCUACGGUCUAAAUGAGAACAACUCGCUCGAGCCAAGCAUUUUUCUCCGCAUGUUCAGUCAAUUACCUUCAUUACGAAACCUUUGCAUUUCCAACUUCGACGCAGACGCCUUCGCCGACAGCACGUUGCAGUGUUUACCACCGCUGGAGUCGCUCCGCCUGGAAAACCUCCCGGGUGUCACCGAUGCGGGCCUCUGCCAAUACGCUUCGCAGCCCGAGUCCAGCUCUCUCAAAACUCUCGCUCUUAUCGAACAGAAUGUUGAUUCGCUCCUGGUAAUUUCGAAAAUGCUGGCAUCUCUCAAUCAACUCGAGCGCUUUACAUUCGUUCAGAGCAAUAAAUGUCCAACAAUAAAUGAAGAGGGCAUCGUCUUUCAACCGCUUCUCGCCUCUUCAAGUCUCAAAUAUCUUCAUUGGGAUGUGACUGGCCCCAAUUCUGGUGCUGCCCUGGGCAGACUCGAUUAUGUCCCGUUUAUUAAACCGCCCCGGCACACGGGAUCGCCAAAUUCACAUCUUGCUCAAAGCAUUCUUGCUACCGGGUUUCCCCGUCUCGAGGCUUUGCGUGCACCCUCUGACAUAGAGCCUCCUGGAGUUUUACAGGCUGUAUGUCAGCCCAUGCCACGUGGACAAGCGCUGCUCAAGCCUGAUCGUUACAGUCUUCCCCGCAGCUCUCAUGGUUCAGUCACCACUCGACCGAUGGCAUUGCCCGCAGGAAACAAUUUGACCUCUGCUCGGAUUCGCGCCCAAACAUUCAUUGAUAUGGCUGCUAAGGAUACGGAAAACGGGAUGCGAUUUCUCGUCACCGACCACUCGGAUUCCUAUAUACCCGACAACGCUUUAGAAGACGAAUCUUCCGACGACGAAUCCGAUCUUGGCAUGGAUGAGUUUGACAUUGGUGGCGAAGGGCGCGAGCAACACAAUCACGAUCUUUGUUCAGAAGAGCACGAGGGACCGGUUGUUGUGUUCGACUUCCAUAUGCCGGCCUUCAUGGGAAGAAUUGGUUCCCGGACUAGUGCGCAGGACGUAUCGAUCCCGCGGUUCGUUCUUCGACCAGAUAUACCGGGACAAGAUGGAGAUGGGGGCUUGAUUUCGUGGAAAAACGUGCAUGCCUGCAACCAAUCUCUGACAUAUGCUGCUGGAGUCGGAGCGAACUGCUUCGGAGCCAAGGGACACCCGAAGCCACUUGCUGAAGAGCCCCCGUCUCCAACAUCGACGACUACCUCACGAUUUGGAUGGGGAAGCAUAGGAAGCCGUUCCGCACUGGGUACAAGUCCGAAUACGCCUAUAACCCCCUCCACGCCGAUGUCAACAGCAGCACUUCCCUGGGACCGGGAUGCUUGCACCGGGUCUUGGAAUUACAGUCACCGAAACGGACGAGAAUGGUGGUUCCACAUGGAACGGGACCGCCCUGGGAAUGCCGAGAUUGUCGAUGUCAAGCGGCUCUUCUGAAUUCAUAAUCCUGGACGGCCUCGAACAAAUAGAGCAUGCAAGGGAGUAUGCGUCUACGCAGACACGGCGUUCACGGAAUCUAACGGGCGGGCGAUCUUGGUUUUUUUUCUUGAUCUCUUUUUCUCUCUCUUUUUGUUACAAUCUCUACUUCGUUAGGCAUAACUAGCCUGGGGAUGUCCGUCUACAUCUGUGACCAUGGCACAC